AUGAAUCCCUCAAGAGGCCGAGGGCUGGGACAACGAAGUCCCCAUGUCCUGGUCACCGACUCGCGCGAUCAACAAACCUCCUCCCAACCCCGCCGCCGUCGCUCCCCCGCAACCCGCUUCAUCACCGUCGACAACGUCCUCCAAUACACCUCCGACGUGCCCUCCAUGCAACAACGGUACCCGCCGCAGAGCGCCCGGACGCGGCCACGCUCCCGCAUCGCAUCAGCCGCCGGCGGACUGAUCGGGGCCGCGGCCGGCGGAGCGGGCUCCUCCAGCGGCGGCAGUAUUGGCGCAGCCAGCGGCAGUGCGGCGGCGGCGACGAUCCGCCGCCUCGCAGCCCAACCGCGGCUGCCGCCCCGCACCACGAAGGUCAGCGAGAAGCUCGUCCUGCUCCCCGAAGCGGACGGGAAGCUACCGGAAGACGACGAGGACGAAGGCGAGGAGGAGGACGAGGAGGCCGUGGACGAGGAGUUCGUGCAGCGCGUCGCCAGGGACAAGAACCUGGACCCCGAGGCGGUGCGACAGACCCUGCUCGCGCAGAAGAAGAUGCGGCUGGACGGCGCGGACUUUGGCGUGGACAACGACAUCGCGCCGCUGCUGGCGGACGAGGAGCUGCUACGCAAGCGAAAGGUCGCGCCGGAGAAGGCGAAGAGUUAUGCGGAGCGUCUGCCCAAGGCGCGCCGGGCCGAGAAGCUGGCGCGGGUGACGGCCUACUGCACCGCGCAGGCGUACAAGAUGAGCUCCUUGGCCUCGUUUGUGAAGGAGAGGCAUGGCGGCCGCACGAAGCUGUAUGAUGAUUGUUUGUACACGGCGUAUCAUCUGCCGCUGUUGCCGGGCCUGGAUGGGUACAGGCUGAGGAGUAGCCCCAUGGUGAAGAAGCCGGGCGGGAAGUCGAUCCUUGAUGAGGAGAUUGAGCGCAAUGAGUUGCGGGAUCAUCACGAGGAUUAUCUGGUGGACGCGGAGGAGCAUUCGGUUGUUGGCGGACGUCAUGAACACCGGUCGUCGCAUCAGCAGCGCAGUGAGGCUCAACGACACGGGGACGAGGAAGAGCACCACCCGCAACAGGAGGAACAAGAGGAACAUCGUUCCGUGCCUGGCUCCGAGGCGCAACCCUUCAUGGGCGACGUCGAUGGCGCUGGUCAUCAAGCUCCAGCUGACGCGACGGCCGUGGCGGCACCGGCAGCCACACGUCUGCCGUAUAAUGUCGCGGAGAUGUUUGUGUUCAGCUACGGAGUAGUGGUGUUCUGGAACUUCACCGAGAAACAGGAGAAGGAUCUCCUCGCCGAUUUGGCGUUUGCAACCUCGUCCGUGACCGGGUCUCCCAUCCCGUUGGCGACCUUGCCCCUGCAGGAGGAAGAUUUUGAGACGGAGGAGUUUCAUUUCGAGUACUCGACGGAGAUUUCUCGCCCACGCGUUUACAACGACAUGAUCACCCUUCGAAGCGGCGACCACAUGAUCAAGUUAGCCAUCAGUCAUGGCAUCGCACAAAGCACUAAGCUCUGCUUCUUCGAAGAAGUUAUGGCUCGCCAGAUGGCCGAGGCCAAGGACGUCCCCCGCCGACUCGCCAUGACAGGCAAUCUUGGCAUGAAACGAGACGAAGUGUUCCGCAUUCUGGGUAGUCUGUUCAAGAGUCGCGUAGAAGUGAACCUGUCAUCCAACGUUCUCGACGUCCCCAACUUCUUCUGGGAAAGCGAACCGACCCUAUAUCCCCUCUAUAUCGCUGUGCGCGAGUACCUCGAGAUCAAGCCUCGAAUUCAAGUUCUGAACGAGCGGUGUAAAGUCUUCCUUGACCUGGCAGAGAUUCUUUCCGACUCCAUUGCCGACAACAAAACCUCCCAUCAAACAUGGAUCAUCAUCGUACUCAUCUGCGUCUCCAUCCUCGUCACCACCUUCGAAGUCUUCCUCCGGUUCGGCCUCCUUUCCUCCCGUGAAGGAGGUGCCUCAACCACAGCUACCACACCUAUCACCUCUUUCGCAGCCAAUGUCCUCGCCCGGGCCCUAGGCAGCGGUGGCAGCAGCAGCAGUAACCCCGCGUGCGUGUGCUCAUGUCCCGCUCAAGUGCCCGGUAACGGCUUGAUGAACACCACACCUCCAACCAUGGGAUCGCCUUACUAG